AUGUUUUUUCAGAUUUCUCUUUUGCUCUCUCUCUGUUUUUUGUCUCCUCUUCUCUCUUCCUUUUCCAAUUUUUUUAUUUUCUCCCCCUUCUUGAUAUUUUCUCCUAUUCUUUUCUCUCUUGAUUUUCUCUUCUUUCUCUUUAUUUUUUUGCUCUCUCUGUCUUUUUGUCUCUCUUCAUCCUCUUCCUAUUCAAUUUAUUUUUUUUUUUCUUCCCCUUCUGAUAUCUUUUCUCUUUCUUUUCUCUCUCUUAUUUUGAUGUCCACCUCAUUCAGAUUUCUUUUUUUUUUGUCUCUCUCCCUCUUCCUAUUUCAAUUUAUUUUAUUUUCUCUCCCCCUCUUGAUAUCUUUUCCUCUUCUAUUUCUUUUGCUCUCUUCCCCUCUGUCUUUUUUCUUUCUUCAUCCUCUUCCUAUUCCAAUUUAUUUUAUUUUUCUCCUUCUUGAUAUUUCCUCCUCUUCUGUUUCUUCUCUUAUUUUGAUGUCCGCCUCAUUCAGAUUUCUUUUUGCUCUCUAUUUCUCUUUGCUCUCUCUGUCUUUUUUUCUCCUUCAUCCUCUUCCUAUUCAAUUUAUUUUAUUUUUUCUCUCCUUCUUGAUAUCUUUCCUCCUCUUCUGUUUCUCUCUCUCUUAUUUUGAUGUCCGCCUCAUUCAGAUUUCUCUUUUGCUCUCUCUGUCUUUUGUCUCUUUCAUCCUUCUUCCUAUUCCAAUUUAUUUUAUUUUUCUCUCCCUCUUGAUAUCUUUCCUCUUUUCUUUCUCUCUUAUUUUGAUGUCCGCCUCAUUCAGAUUUCUUUUUUGCUCUCUCUGUCUUUUAUUUCUUUUUGCUCUCUCUGUCUUUUUGUCUCUCUUCAUCCUCUUCCUAUUCCAAUUUAUUUUAUUUUUCUCCCUUCUUGAUAUCUUUCCUCCUCUUCUGUUUCUCUCUCUUAUUUUGAUGUCCGCCUCAUUCAGAUUUCUCUUUUUGCUCUCUCUGUCUUUUGUCUCUCUUCAUCCUUUUCCUUUCCAAUUUUUUUUUUUUUUUUCUCCUCUUCUCCAUUUUGAUGUCCGCCUUCUUUUCAAAUUUUUUCUUUUACUUUUAAUUUUUGUUUCUCUUUUUCCUCCUCUUCCUCUUCUUCCUAUUUUUUAUUUUUAUUUUUCAACCCUUCUUGAUAUCUUUCCGUCCUCUUCAACCAUUCACUUUUGA